GUUUAGUGUCUUCACAACCGGAAACAUGUUUGUAUGUGUCACACACGCGCGCACACACACACACAGCAGUAGUGUCAAUCCAGAGAGGAAGCAUCAGCAGCAACAGCAGCACCGGAUGCGACGUUCCAACAGCAGCAGCAGCAUCAGCAACAGCAGCAGCAGCAUCGUAGUCGACGUUCCAACACUGAAGAAGUCAGACAUGGCCCAGAAUGAAGUGGAGUUCAUGUACAACCUCACUGACCUGGACUACGACAUCGUGGAACCCUGUUCUUUCCAGAACAACAACCAGGUGGAGCGGUUUGUGUGGCUAUACAUCCAUUCCUUCAUCGCCAUCCUGGGCUUCGUGGGGAACAGUCUGGUGAUCGUAACCUACGCCUUCUACAAGCGAACCAAAUCCAUGACAGAUGUUUACCUGCUGAACGUGGCGGUGGCAGACCUGCUCUUCGUGGCGGCGCUGCCUCUUAUCGUCUACAACGAGCUGACCUCCUGGUCCAUGGGACCGGUGGCAUGUAAGGUGCUGCGCGGCUGCUACAGCGUCAACCUGUACAGUGAUUUGCUGCUGCUCGCCUGCAUCAGCGCCGACCGCUAUGUGGCCAUCGUCCAGGCACGCCGCAGUUUCAGACUGCGCUCGCUGCCCUACAGCCGUGUUAUCUGCGUCAUUGUCUGGACCUUUGCCAUCCUGCUGUCCGUCCCGACCUUUUACUUCUACAGCUGGUACGAGCCGUUACACGCCCGCGAUGAUGUCCAUCAGUGGAACGGGACCAGCAGGUCUCCACAGUACGUCUGUGAGUUCAGGUUCUACAACGACACGGUGGCCUGGAUUACCAAGGUGACGGUUCCCAGCACGCAGCUGGCCGUGGGUUUCUUCCUGCCUCUGCUGGUCAUGACCUUCUGCUACACUGCCGUCAUCGUCACUCUGCAGAGAGCCAGAAACUUUCAGCGGCACAAGGCCCUGCGGGUUGUUCUGGCAGUGGUGGUGGUGUUCGUGCUCUGCCACCUGCCUUACAACAUCACCUUGUUGUACCACACCGUCAACAUGUUUGAGCAGCAAGAGUGUGAGGCCUCAGACGCACUGCAGGUGGGCAAAACAGUGACCCAGACCUUGGCCUACCUGCACUGCUGCCUGGACCCGGUGCUGUAUGCCUUUGUAGGCGUGAAGUUCAGGAACCACUUCAGGAGAAUUGUUCAGGAUCUCUGGUGUCUGGGCAAGCGCUACAUUUCCCCCCGCCGCUUCUCCAGGGUUACCUCUGAGGUCUACGUGUCCACGCGCCGCUCAGUGGACUGCUCCAGUGAGAACGGCUCGUCUUUCACAAUGUGACACACAAAUGAGCAGUUUUGCUUAAUUUGAUUAAGCAAAUUUGAUUUUUGCUUAAUUUGAUUGUUUUGUUUUUUUUCUAUUCACUUUGAUCAGCCAUAUUGAUGUUAAAAAUAAAAG